UUCAAUAUGGCAGCGCCCAUGACAAAAUUUUCUGUUCCAGUAAAACAGAAUGCUGCCCUCAUCAAUGAUAUCCACACUGAAGUUGUGUGUUCAAAUUAUAAUGAUGUAGCGUUUAUUAUUGUCACACAGUAUCAAAAGAUGGGCACAUUAAUGGAUAUAACAAAAGAUGUGGUGCUGGAAGACAGAGGCGAUGCCACCUACACAACAAAAGUGCUUUUAGGGAAAGACGAGCCAAUUCUUCAUGUUAUCGCAAAACAGAUAGUCACUAAAAUCAACCUGAAGAAGCCAGUGCUGUUGUCGUUAGCUUUGAAGGACACAUCACGAGAGACAUUACGAGCAAUACUUGGACUGUUAGAAAAGGCAACAGUGUGGUGAAAAGAUACUUGGACUUUUACAAAGACAGUGUCAUGCUAAACUGGAGGAGUUCAAAGCCACAGAUGCAUUUUAAUUCGAAGAACGUGAUUGGUGAACCCUCACUCUUUUCGUAAAGAUUUAUGUAAAUAGAACUAAUAAAUAGUUUUGUAUAAGA